AAUGUAAAUAUAGGAUAUGUUUAGUAACUUUUUAUUUAAUUUUUAACUUUUACUUGGUGUACUUGUGCUUUCUGUUUGAAGAUGCUGUCCUUUUUGUAUUUUUUUUUCCACAAAAAAGAAAAUGUAUUUGGAAAAUAUAAAACUUUCCAAUAUAGAUGCCAUGCUCUACUUCCAUAGUUAUCUCAGUGAUCAGAUCUGUAGCAAAGGGACAUGGCUGCUAUUUUUUCCUGGAUUGAGAAGCUGCACUAACGACUCCUACUGGGCUUUUGUUUUUUGGGGCUAUGCUUUGAUUCGGGGUCCACUCAAAUCUUCAUAAAAAGAUAUCUGUAUAUUCAUAUCCACAUAUCUGUAGACAGUUUGUAGUCCAUCUGUUGUCUAAAUUUGAGCAACUAAUCACAUUCAGGCAAGCUGUUUCCAGGUAAACAAUGGAAAGGAAAAGAAGGAUGCAACCUAACCAAGAUCACCAAUAAGACCCAAUGAAAAGGAUUCUUGCAGCCCGUCACUACUGGAAAAUCCAACAGGUGUGUGGAAGGAUUUCAGGAGGAGUUUAACUAGGAGCAAAACUGUAAAACGACAGAAGGGAGAUGAGGUAGAAAACAAGCUGCCUGUGUAAUUGGGUCAUGACAUAGAAAAUCUGAAAUUAGAAUAUUGCACAUCAUUGCUUGUCAAGCUGUCAGUGCCCAUUAGUCUGAAAACGAACAAGUCAAGUGAGGCGUCUCUUCAGUUGAGAGCUCCGAGGUUUUAAUUUCAAUAAUGUGAAGGAUGUCUGCAAUUCUCGCCAAGUCUACUUAAAUAAGAUGUAAUUUAUAAAAGUUGGAUGGACAGAACAUUGUGAGGUCAUUUCAGUGAUUUGGAUGAUUUACCUUUUAUGGAGGUCGUCACUUUUUAAGGCCACAGUCUUAAAGUGAAACAGCUGGUAUUUUUGAUCCCGUAUGCAUAGCUUCCUCUUAUAGCGACCUGGGAAGGAGGCAAUGGGCAGAUGGUGGUCAAGGUCAUCCCUCUCACAUACUGUAUGCAUGUCAGCUGCUUUAUACUGGGGAUUUGGUGCUAAGAUUCUAGAAAUCGAAACUUGGAUUUCAUUAAAUUAAUUUACAGAUUAUAACUGGAUGAUUCCAAGUUCAUAGAGGUGAAUAGGGCUCAUCUGUGCUUUCACAUGGCUUCGGGUGUCAGCUGAGGUAAAUCUUUUCAUUCUUUAAGAUCCCCUUCCUUGGUCACACAGCAUUACAACACUCUUUGUUGGAGUCAGCAGAAAAAAAACGUAAAACUAUCAAGGUCGCUUGCACUCACUUCCAAUUGAGAAGUGGGAGACCUCGUCUCUCCUUGAAAACUGAAGAAGAGCUCGAAGUGUCACAUCAGUGCAAUAGUAGUAGGAUUGUCUGAUCUCAAUAGCAGGCAAAAAGAACCUCUUGUAUCCACAUGGGGGCCAUAUUGCUUCUUAGAAGACUACACAAGUCAACGAACAAUAUAAUGCAUACACAUAGACUGUUUCCAUGAGCUCUACAUCAACUGAGUAAAAUUAACCCUAACCCUAUAAACGAAUAAGCAGAUUAUUAACCCAAUGAAAAGGGGGGAAGAUGUGUGCACUGAACUAUGAAAAGCAGAUUGUAACUACAGCAUUUGCACUCUGGGAGGCGCUCUUAUAUCAAAGAAUAUCUGAAUACCGAUUUACCAUGUGUAAAAAAUAAAUAAAUAAAAAAUACUUACUGUUGAACUGGGAUGACCACAAGUAACAGAUGGGAAGUGAUUCUUCAUUAAGAACAUUGAUUCUGGGAAGCCAAACUAUUUUUCAUGCAGUAUUUUUAACCCAUGCCCCGAACUGCACGUGUGCCUUUAUACUGAUUUAUUGCCAUAGCAACCUAAAGAACGUAAUACUUGACGAGACGACAUUUCGCCAGCCUUAUUUACUUUGCAAUACCUGCUGGCGUUGUACCUUUACGUCAACACAGUAGGUUUUACACUUCCGUUUAACCUGAAACGCGUCGGUACAGUUUGUUGCUGCUCCACCUCUGUGGUAAUUUCUAGCAAAGGGUACACCAGAACACCGUAAUGGCUAGUUUAAACACCGACGCAGUCUAUCGGCGUGACUAGUAGGAUCAUUACGGUAAAUGUAGGUUGCGGAGCCUGUGUGUGUCCGACAGACCGGGAGUUCCUCUGGAAGACACUACGCCGAACAGGUCUCGGAUGUUAUCCUUUCUUGUGAGCCUCGAACAACAUUUCAUCUAGCCAGGUGCAACAAAAGGGCCUGUCGCACUUGGCUUUCUCUAUUCUUCUGACAAUCUCUACGUCAGUCUUUUGAUAGUGGGAGAGAAGAUAGUUUCUCUGGAUCCAGCCUGACUCCUAUUCCAAAGUUCCAUCCCACCUAAUCAGCAGAGACCCCAACCCUUGCUAAACCUCUUCGGCUGCUAGCUAGCAUCAGCAUGGCAGACAGUCGACAGCCAGAAGACGGUACCCCUCAGUGGGACCCAUCAGCGGGGCAGGAGCCUGGUGGCACCCAUGGAGCCAAUGGCUACUCCUCCUCAGCCUACAGGACCUGCCAGCCUGGUGGGACCCAUGUGGCCACAGCCCCCUAUUCUGCCAGGGAGAACGGCUUCAACGGUGAACUAACUGGAGCUCACGCUAUAACUGCAGAGCAAGUGUCAGCCCGGAUUGUACAGGAAGUGACAGCAGAGGCAGUGGCAGUACUGAAGGGAGAGCAGGAGACUCAAAGACUGCCAUCAGUUGAAGACACCACCAAUUUGCCUCCCUCGCCUCCCCCCUCACCUGCUGCAGAGCACUUUGGACCUCUAGAACAAGAUGUAGGGGAUGAGGAGGAGGCGGGCCCUCUCCGCCGCUUCCAAAAUUCUCGUGAGAGGUGCAAGUUCCUCGCCCCCUCCAUCUCAGUUUCCGUGCCCGAGGACGACCCCUACCACUCCGAAGAGGAGUACUAUGAGCACCCAUUGUUCAGCCCAGAGUGGACGCACUCGGGCUCUCGCCCCACAGGGCAAGCCGUGGCCUUUAGACAGAUUGAAGAAGAGACCAUGGAGGCUCUUACAGCUGAAUACGAGGAGGAGGUGGAAGAUGAGGAGGAGAGUGCAGAGGCAGCAGAGUCCGAGGCAGCUCUUGAUGAGCAGCAAUGGAGUGGGGAAGAGCCCGAGCUGGACAGCCCCCAAGCUGAGCCCUUAGAGCAGGCAGAGGCCAUAGACGAGGCCCAGGAUCUAGACCUGGAGCCGGCUGAGGCAGCUAGUGCUACUGCAGAGAGCUCUAUGGACAGAGAGGAGGAGGAAGCAGAGGGUGAGGAGAGCCCGGAGACAGCUUUGAAGAUGGAGACAGACAAGCAGGACAGUGGAUCCAUGAGCCCUGACAGCAUUGGAUCAGAGAAACGCCCAGAGGAGUUUUAUGAGCCCCAGAUCCAAGGGUUCUUUGCUGGUGAACGAGUUGUACCAGAAAGUCCCACCAUGGAUAUGCCAUCCUUUGUACCCCCAGAUGUUCAAAGUCAAGCCAAGGAACCCGUCAGAUCGCUCACACUUCAGCCUACAUAUGGUGAGCCGAUUACAGUGUCAGAGAAGCAGCCAUCAGUGGAGGUGGUAGAGUUCAGCAGCAUCAGCUCUCCUGCUGAUUUCACAUCAGUGGGAGCCAAAGUUCAAGGAGGAGACUCAACAAGUGACACAAAAGACAGAUCUGGGAUGUCAGCCUAUUUUGAAACAUCAGCCAUGGAGGUUAGUGAAGGUCCUCACAGUAAAGGUGAGGGUUAUUACGAACUGAGUAGAGCUGGUGAAAAGCAGAGUACUGAUGAUACCAGUUCUCCUGAGAUCAGCUACAGCACACUUGCUGAAGCUCAAGAUAAACCUGAAGCUAAAAAAAGUACAACAGAAGACAGUAGGGUAUUUACAGUUCCUGACAGGAGUAAUGACUGCAGGCUUUCCCCAGGUAAACUUGCCUUAGAGCAGAGGAGUUACUCACUUAACAUCACCAUAGGAGCAAUGGAUCAAAGUGGCCAAGGUAGACAAAGAAACUUCUCCCCACUGGCCACAGAUAUCAUGUCAUAUACCAGUGGAAGCUUAGAUGACUCAGCAGACUACCUUCCAGUUACCACACCAUCUGCAGAUAAGCCACCAUCUUUCCCUCCACUCAUACUUGAGACGGCAGCUUCCAUUACUUCAGACUCCUCAUCUCCUCCAAGGAUCACAGAGCAGCCUCCAAAACCUAGUCCUGAACCGGAAUCUCCAGAAUCCCCUGAGCCUCCCAAGAAUACAUAUAAAAAUGGCACAGUAAUGGCACAAGACUUGCCCGAAAUGCUUGACCUUGCUGGUAACCGUUCGGGACUGCAAUCAGAAAACAGUGACCCAGAAAUCAUUCGGAGGAAGUCGAUUCAAUCUGAUUCUUCUGCCUUAAAUUAUGACCCACUGGCUAGCCUAAUUUCAGGGGAACAGAGUCCUGGAGCUAGAAAGAGUGACAGCCAGCUGGAAGAGAUGGGUUAUUGUGUAUUUAGUGAAUAUUCAGGGCCCAUGCCGUCCCCUGCAGAUGUGUUCAGCCCUACAGACACUUCUGCACAAGUCUUCACCCCGUCUGUCCUGGAGGAAAAGGUAGCUGAGCAGGCAAGAAAAUUAGCAGUCAGAGAUGUGUCUUUGGAGGAUAAGACACAGCCAUCAGGAGUUUCUGAUGCAGCUGAAGAAAAAGACCAGAAAGAAGAAGAGAGAAAAGAUUCAGCUGAAGAAAAUAAAAAGAACAAAGAAGAUGAUCAGAUGAUUACCUCUGUAAGCGAGACGCCACUUGCUCAGCCCUGUGAGCCUUUUGUGACACCAACUGUCACUGUGACACUGGAGGAAGGUGGGAGGUCAGUGAGCGAGACUGAACGGCAAGCCAGCGGUGAAGGCUCAGCGUCAGAAACUGAGAUUGCUGACUAUGAGAGGCAGAUCCGGAAACUGGAGAUGGAGGACAGGCCUCUCAGUUUGGAGGAGGAGCGAGAGCUGCAGGAGCUUCGAGAGAAGGUGAAGCUGGUGCAUCAGGAAGCCUAUGAGGAAGUGGAUGCUGAAGAUGUGUACCAGCUGACUGGUGUGGCCAAGGACCGAAUUGCCAGGCCUGUUAAAACGUCAUCUGCCUCAUCUGUGGAGAGCAAUAUCGAUGAUGACAAGCUGCUCUCCCCAGUGCUCUCACCCUCCAAACUUAAACAAAGAGAAAUGUAUGGCUCCCCGAAAAGAUCAGCUUCACCUGUGUUAGGCAUAAACAAAGAUGAGAGAGAAGAUCCAGAAAAGAAAAUGAAGGCAGAGCAAGAGAAAGAAGCAGUCGAGAAGAAACUUAAAGAGGACGAAGAAAAGAAAAUCAAG